GGCAUCACGUGAUAUCUCCUGUCACCUGACUGCAGUGACAUCACAGGGCCUUUAGCUGGAUGGGAAGUAGCCGCUAUCAAUACAAAAGUAUCUUUUGAUAUAAUGGCAUUCAUGAAUAGCUCAGACAGCGAGGAGGAAGAAGAUUGCAAUGAGAGGACAUCAUUAAUAGCAUCACAAAGCCCCCCACUUCCAUCUUACCAGGAUGAAGUACUUUUACCUCCAGGAGCUCAGCCUACAGAUUGCAGGCCUAACGAUGCACAGGGAGCUAGCAGUAUGUCUAAUGGAGAAACAUCAGGUGCUGGAGCAUCUGUCAGUGAAGCACCAAUGGAUGGGGAAGAAGAAGAGCUGACCCUAAAAUAUGGAGCCCGACACGUUAUUAUGCUGUUUGUUCCAGUCACACUCUGCAUGGUUGUUGUUGUCGCAACAAUAAAAUCUGUCAGCUUCUACACUGAAAAAAAUGGGCAGUUGAUCUACACACCUUUUUCUGAAGAUACCACAUCAGUUGGCCAACGACUUCUCAACUCUGUAUUAAAUACAAUUAUUAUGAUCAGUGUCAUACUUGUGAUGACAAUAUUCCUUGUUUUGUUAUACAAGUACCGAUGCUACAAGUUUAUUCAUGGAUGGUUGAUUCUGUCAUCGUUAAUGCUGCUUUUCAUGUUCACAUAUAUAUAUCUUGGUGAAGUUUUCAAGACAUACAAUGUAGCAAUGGAUUAUCCAACUCUAAUCAUGGUAAUAUGGAAUUUUGGGGCAGUUGGAAUGAUCUGCAUUCAUUGGAAAGGUCCCCUUCAGCUCCAGCAAGCAUAUCUUAUAAUGAUUAGUGCACUCAUGGCUCUCGUCUUCAUCAAGUAUCUUCCAGAAUGGUCAGCGUGGGUAAUACUUGGAGCCAUCUCCAUCUAUGAUCUCUUAGCUGUAUUGUGUCCAAAGGGACCUUUGAGAAUGCUGGUGGAAACUGCACAGGAAAGAAACGAGCCCAUCUUCCCUGCACUUAUUUAUUCUUCUGCUAUGGUGUGGACAGUGGGAAUGGCUGACUCUGGUAAUGCAGAUGGAAGGAGAGCUCCACAAACACAAAGUACAGAAGAAAAUUCAUCAAACAAUAUAACUAAUCCAUCUCAAGUGAAUAGGGAGGCUCUCGAAACCAGGAUUCAAACUCAAAGCAUUCCAGCUCCUUCUAUAGAUGACGCAGAAGAAGAACGGGGUGUGAAACUUGGUCUUGGAGAUUUCAUUUUCUACAGCGUGCUUGUGGGAAAGGCAGCAGCAACUGCAAGUGGAGACUGGAACACUACCUUGGCUUGUUUUGUGGCCAUAUUAAUAGGCUUAUGUCUAACCUUGUUGUUGCUGGCUGUUUUCAAGAAGGCUCUUCCUGCUCUCCCAAUUUCUAUCACAUUUGGUUUAGUAUUCUACUUUUCCACGGACAACAUAGUGAGACCUUUUAUGGACACUCUGGCCUCUCACCAACUGUACAUAUAGCACUCUGAUCGACAGGAACACUUUUUCUAAGGCUGUAAAGUGUGGAGAAUGUGAAUGUAUGUGCUUUUACACUCUGUGCCAAAUAUUGUAAAGAUAGAUGAGAUAAUAUUGUGAAUAGCAAAUGGCUAACCCAGGAACAAAUUCACAUUUCAUUUGACAUGUAAUUAUUUUCGUGUUAUGUUAUGUUGCCUUUCAGCAUGUCCGAGCACACAGAGCUGGAAGUCACUGUGACGACAUGAAGAUAUUUUUGGGGGUAUGAAGCAGGGUAGUAUAUUGCCAUUUAUUGUGUGAGCUCUUUGAACCGUUUCCUAACAGUUGUGUUUAAAAUGUUUUAAACCAUUAGCUUCCAAUAAGCUACCUAGCACAGGGGUGGCUCAAAAGAAGAUCCCCAGAUUUUGAACUACGGUACAUCUCUCACAAUGCUUUGCCAGCCUUAAGCAUCACGAAACGUUGUAAAACAGUUAGGCAUCUACCUUUGGCAGCCCUGAUCUAGCACAUGAUAUUUUUUACUUAAAAAUCUACCAUGCAAAAAUUGCAUAUACCGGUAAUCCCUUUAUAUAUAACUAAAAAUAUGUCCAUCAUCGGUGAAUGCGGCACACCCAAAAUGAUUUGUAGGACUUUGCUAAAUGCCUAGCCUGGAGCCAUGCAAUUUAUUUUUGUUUCAAAUUGUUUUAUUUGACAGACAUGGCUACCGAAUGUUAACAUUUUUUGUAGCUGUUUUAUAUUUUUAUUUGCAUAUAAAUAAAACUCAACUCUCAAUAAAAAUAUCACGUUGUUCUUCAUUGUAAUAGCUACAUUGCUAACAAACAUAAAUUAGAUUGUGUUUUUAUCUAAAUGAUUCAACCAUAAACCCUUUGUUAUCUUCAUAUUAAUUAUUAAAACUGUAUUGUACCACUACAGCAUACUUGGCAUCAUUGCCAAAUAUGCUAGUGUGAUAAGGGGGUGGGACUGGUGUAAUCCAUUGACUCAACACGGAUAACACACAGCAAUAAAAAAGUAUCUUUGCUAGUUUGACAGGCUGCUCAGCAAGAUAGCCAACCGUGGCAGAAAUAGAACAGCGGGACACAAGCCCAAACUUGAGACUGGUCCAACAAAUCAGGGACUGUUGGCAAGAUAUCACAGUGCAGUAUGCUUAAUCUCAAUGCAAUGUGCAUAGAGUGUAUGUGUAUUUAGCCCUCACAUAUGACAGAAAAUGAACUUAAGUGUGUAAUAUCAUUCAGUCAAUGUAUUUCCUAGCAUAAAAUAUUGUAGAUCAAUAUUUUAAGCUUGUGAUUAUUACCGUUAUAGCUACUGUGAAAACAAGUUAUCUAAAGGAAAUUAAGAAAUUAUGUUAAUGAA